UCCUCCAGAUUCAAACUGAUGAACUGUACAGCAGUCCCCCUGGCACUGCUGAGUCGGCUUCUUAAAACACUCCCUUAGCAGGUCUGCUAUCUUGCUUCCUCCCUAUGUUUAGUAUUGGUCUUGGUAAAACAACUUUCCUCGUUCCCUCUGACAGUCGCUACCUGCAGCAUCCUCACUACCUGCAACAUCCAUCACAACCCUGGCCCCUAGUUUGGGCUUCAGGGAAAUUGCCCAAGCUGUUUCAGUUCAGUGCUUUAUACUAAGGGGAUGGGUUCCUCUCACUCCAUGUCAGAGGAGAUUCAAGAACUUGCUGAGAAGACUGGCUCAAGGAGCAUUUUGACAACAUCCCUGACCUAGAGUUCAACCCAAUUAGAUCAAAAAUUGUCCAUGCCUUUUUUGACAAGAGCAAUGGCUGGUUGUGCCAGGUCAGCAGUGGGUAGGCCUGUGUCCUACCUGUUCCGUGGAUGAACAUGCUUGUCCCUUAAGCAGGACUUUUUAUGGUUUAUACUACAAAGAGACUGGAAUCUACGACAGGAGUCAGAUGGGUUAGCUGAUGAGAUCAACUUUGAAGACUUCCUGACCAUCAUGUCCUAUUUCCGGCCGAUUGAGAUGAACAUGAAUGAAGAACAGCUAGAUCACUUCCGGAAAGAAAAGCUAAAAUUUCUCUUUCAUAUGUACGAUUCAGACCAUGAUGGGAAGAUCACACUGCAGGAGUACCGAAAUGUGGUGGAAGAGCUGCUGUCUGGAAACCCCCACCUGGAGAAGGAGUCAGCAAGGUCUAUUGCAGAUGGUGCCAUGAUGGAGGCUGCCAGCAUCUGUGUUGGACAAAUGGAGCCAGACCAGGUAUAUGAGGGAAUCACUUUUGAAGACUUCCUUAAGUGUAAAGAUCCUAUGAGCCUCUCACAGCUACACCUGCUAAUCUUUCAAGAUGCCAGUUUUCAUAUAGUACCUUCAGAGGGCCAUUGCAAAGGCUGUGGUGUCCAGUUGUCUGUUGUCACCCAACUCCUCUCAUCUAAAACUGAAGCAACUGGGCUGGUCUCCCAUGUGGUAUCCAGUGCUCAGUGCUAUUCUGCGAGGUCUCCUCCUAAGAGGAGGAGAGGAGUCUGCUUGCCAAGUCUCCUUUGAUGUGAGCAGAGGCCACCACCAAAACAUGCCAGUAGGACAGUGGUUCCUGGGAUAGGGAUGGUGUCCCUGAGCGAAUUGGACUGAGAUGCUGAAUUUGCUUCUCUCAGAUUGGUGGUGACCAAGUUCAGUCCUUCCCGCUGCUGAGACCAUCCUGUGGGAUGCAGUGCAGGCCUUAAACUGGCCAGCUCAGGGUCAGAUGCCCUGCUCCUCUCUUGACUCCAUAGGAACCCAGGCAAAGUCUGCUGCAAUGACAUGCUGUCGGGAGCAAAACCCAGCCUCUUCCCUCUGCCUAACCCUGCCUAUUCCAA